AUGAAUUAUGAGCAGAACAACAAACCAAAACAACUUGGAUUCACAAAUCAUUGCUUCAAUUUUAGCUGUGCUGUGCCAGACAAGACACUUAUAAUGGGAAUUUGGUGGUGGAGGCUGAUUCUGCUUUCUCUUGCUGGGAUUCUCUUCUCUCCUAAACAUGGUGCUUCCCAGAGAGGUAUGAAAUAUACGUUUAUGAAGAAUGCAAGCUCAGCUCCAAGCGUGUGGUACUACGAGUACGAGGACAUCAUAAUUGGUGGGGGGACGGCGGGGUGCCCUUUAGCAGCGACCUGUCCCAAAAUCACAAGGUUUUGCUGCUUGAACGAGGGAAGCUGGUUGGGAUGGAAAGCUAGUGAAGAAGUCAUACGAAUGGGUGGAGCGAUUGUGCGGCAGUGGCAAUCAGCGGUGCGCGGUGGAUUGUUGGAAGUAGGGGUGCUUCCUUACAAUGGCUUCACUUUCGAUCAUAUUAGAACCAUCGUUCAGGGGCGGAUUCAUUCUGGACAAGAUAAUGGGUCCAAUUUCAACGGGUAUAUGGGAGUUAAAAUUUUGAGUGAGGGACUUGCUGGCGGUGAAACCGAGUAG